AUGGCAACCGCCGGCCUCAGCCCACCACGGCCGUCCCUGCCUCCCGCCAUGGAGGACGAGGAUGACGGGACAAGAGAUGCAGCGCCCGCCAGCACUACCUCUUCGACGACCAACGUCCGCGACGUUGCACAGGGAGCCGAGGCGGCGGACGGGACGGGAGAGGAGCGGGUUGGCGAGGAGGAGGAGCCCGUCAGCGAGGAGGAGGGCCUAGGUCCCGGCGGGAUCGGCGGCGGCGUGCUGUUGGGAAUCGCGAGGGGCCGCGGAUUUGGGGGCGGCGGGGAAGGGAGAGGAAGGGGAAGGGCAGGAGCAGGGAGGAGACGGGGAGGACGACUCUCAGUGGAGCAGGAGCAGGGAGGAGACGGGCAAGAGCAGGGAGGAGACAGGAGCAGGGAGGAGACGGGCAAGAGCAGGGAGGAGACAGGGAGGAGCGGGGAGGACGACUCUCGGCGGAGGGAGGAGACGGGGAGGAGUGGUGAUGGAAACUCAGCCAAGAGCUGGCCCUGGCCUGGCUAG